AGUGAUACUAAAAAAAAAAGCUGUGUUCAUUAGAGGUCUGAUAAGAUAAUAAUAGAGGUCAAAUCUCUGUGAUGCAGCUUGAAAAAUGCUAGUUUUAAAGGUCACCAUUUAUCAUCCUCUGAUACAAUAAGAACUUAAUACUAGACAUCUUAUGACGAUGGCCAUAGAAAAGGAUGUGUCACCUAAAAGUAUAGACCCCUCAGUAGGAUGGGAUCCUCAAGCUGAUGAGGCUGAUGUCAUGUACUCUGAUACACAAAAUAAAGUGCAGGAAAAAUGUGAGAACCCUAGUGAAGAUGACGCCAAGGAGUUUAAGAAAAAACUUUCCUGCCUGGAGUGGCUGACAUUUAAACUGAAACUGGUUGAAGAUGGGGCCACACCUCCGAAUUGGAAAUAUAUUGGAUUAGUUUUCGUAGCUUUAUUUUCUAGUGCAAGUACCUUGACGUUUUUGUUUCCCUUUUUACCUGAGAUGGUUUUGACUUUUGGUUACAGUGAAACUGAGAAAGGAACUUAUGCUGGUAUUAUUGCGUCUGCAGUCUUUGCUGGGCGCGUUAUUGGAAGUGUUUUCUGGGGGUGGCUGGCUGAUCGUUAUGGGCGGAAAAUUGUCUUGCUGAUUACCAUAAGCUUCAAUGGUUUAUUUGCUGGUCUAUUUGGUUUUGCUGACAAUAUUGUGGUUGCUGUCAUUUUUCGCUUCCUCUGUGGUGCUGUUAAUGGUACCGUGGGAACAGCCAAGACAAUCCUGUAUGACAUCUCAGACAACACAAACCAAGCUCUCAGCAUGUCCAUGUUGUCCAUAUCCUGGGGGAUGGGCCUAAUCAUUGGCCCCACACUUGGAGGUUUGCUGGCCUCACCUGCUAAGAAAUGGCCUGAUGCUUUUGAUGAGCAGGGACUUUUUGGAAGAUUUCCCUACCUCCUAGCCUCCCUUUUUCCUUUUGUUACCUGUGUUCUAGUCUUUAUAAUUAUCCUGUUUAAAUUUGAUGAAACUUUUGUUAUCAAGUCAAAAAAAAGAGAUUGUCAAGAAAUUAUUGUAGAUGAAAUUAAAGAUGAGAAUAAUAGUACAACUAAAAAGGAGAGUGACCUCCCCUAUUUAAACACAUCAUCUCAUGAUUUGAAUUUGAUGACACGGCUUGGCCAGUCCAUGCAGUCUUUUCAUCUAGACGCAGAGUCCUCAGCAUUCCAGGCUCUAGAGUACACCAAGGUGCCAGAACUUGUAUCCACUGUCAAAUCACGCUCAGUACCUGAUGUCAGAUACAAUCAUCCUGGAAACUUGAAAGCAACCAAGUCAUUAUUUCAACUACCUAUUAUAGCAGUAAAGGACGAGUUUAAAGAAAAAUCUGAUUUUAAGUAUGAUGAGAGCUCGAUACAGCUGAAAAAACGAGAUGAAAAUAAAGAAUUUUUAGAUUCAUCCCAAAAUAAAAGUAACAUGGAAGAAAUUCCAGGCACUGAGGUAGACAAUCUGUUACUUGAGAACAAAGAUGGCCGCAAUGGCCAGGUGACUGUCAGUGAAGGAGGUGAUGAUGAUAGUGUCUGCAAUUGUGUGGAGUUAGCUUGCCAGCUGGCCUGCUGUAAGCCAUGUCGUGGGUCAAGUAUACACAGGCUACUUAGGCUGACAGACGUGUGGACUACAAUCAUGCUUUACUCUGUGUUUUCAUUCACCACCAUUGCUGUAGAAGAUAUCUUUCCAGUUUUUGCUUCCACAACACAUGAGUAUGGGGGCCUAGGCUUUAACACAGAUGAGAUUGGAUUGGCCAUAGGUGCCAUGGUUCUCCCUCUUCUAGUCCUACAGAUCAAGUUGUAUCCCUGGCUGGUUUCAAAGAUGGGAAUACGCAAGGUGUUUCUGUUUUCCGCCAUGGUGUCCUUAAUUACUUGUCAAAUUCUUCCAACUGUCAGACUGCUGCACAAUCACAAAGUGUGGUUGUGGAUAUGUCUGAUAGGCUUUCAGAUACCAUUUAAGAUAGCAACCAAUUGUUGUUUUGCUGGCUCAUCCCUCCUCAUCAACAACUCCGUCACCCAGGACUUGGCUGGGCAGGUGAACGGACUGGCCAUGAUGACUACAGCCAUGGGGAGAACAUUUGCUCCUAUUGUUGCGGGGAGCAUCUUUUCCUGGUCUGUGACUUACGGUUUGGAAAUUGGCGCCCCUUUUGACACAAGUUUCCCAUUCUUUGUUAUUGGCCUUCUAUUUUUUGUCACUGUAUUUGAAUGCCUGUAUCUCAACCCCAAGCUAGAUCAACAGAAAAAACGGAACACCUGAGAAAAAUAGAUUGUAUGAUGUGUAAGAAGAGUAAUUCUUAUGAGUAAUGUGACAAAUAUAAACACUAUGGCAUUAUGUCAAUUAUUUUUGUAAACGACUGUGAAAGUCACUUUUUUACUAUGUUAGUAAAAUGACAUAUGUAUUCCAUGUCACAAACAGCAGAGGUAAAAAAUACACAGUCUAUGGUGGAAUAUUUUUGUUACGAUGCUGUCAAUGUUUUUUUUUGCCCUUGGUUAUUUUUGGUGGGUGUUUUUUUUUUCAAUCAUCGGACAGAUGAGUUGAUAUGGAAAUUCUUUUUUUCCGCAACAGAUACACCUUCUUUUAUUGUUAGUGAAAAUGUUAGAACUCAAGCAAAUUAGAAAAGCUGAGGAAAUUGUAAUUAAAAAAAAUAUACUGUGCCUACUUAAAUCACAUUGAUAUCACAUAUUCAUAGAAUGUGCACGCUGUGCAUUUAUUAAUUUUCAGUUUUAAAAUUUUUUACUUUGACAUUAGACUUUAUACAAUAUUAUAUACAAUGCCUUAUACAAGAAUAAAUGAGUAAUAAAGGUCUUUUCACCUUGUGUAAGUUAUCAGACUGAAUAUUAUAUUGAAGUUUAUACCACAUAAGUGAUUUACAAGUUUUUGAAAUUAAAAAAAAAUAAUUUUUAUCAGUAUUUUAUUUUUACAUAAAUGUCAGUUUAAAAAGAUGUUCACAGCUUGUUCAAGAUUUGUGUUCACUGUUUAGUGUUCGUUUAGUUACUGUCUCCAAAAUGUUGUCAAUUUACAUUCACUGUUUUGUUAUUAUUUUUUGGACAUAGAAUUGUAUAAUGUGAUAAAAAUUUAUUCAAACCAAUCACAAGUUUUUAAAAAUAAUGCUAUUCAGUAAUUUUGCAUUAUAAGCCUUUUAAAAAGUUAUUUUGUUUAUAAGCGUUACUUAAUUCAUUUUGAUUUUUUAAAAAUUAUUUGAUCUGUGAAUGAUUUUUUUUAUUGCUUUCUUUAGAAAGGCAUUUCAUAUUUUAUCAUAGAGAAGGCAUUAAAUAAAUUAAAAAUUUUCACCCUUUAUGUCAAAAUUUAAAACAAUAAUAUAAAUACCACAAAAUAUACUUAAGCAUUUGUACUUAAACAUUUUUAAAAUAUGCUGUUCUGUUCUUUUUUAACAAGCCACAAUAGAUAUAUGUUUUUACCAAAAAUAAGGUGUCUAAAAAGUAACCAGAAUUCCUCAGUAUGAAAUAGAAAGCUGUUUAAAAUUGAGUUUAUCUGUUUAAUUUAUUUUUGUUAUCUGGCAUUAACUGUCAUGAUGGAGGACGUGUAGAUAAUUGUUUGAUUGUUGGAAAAUCAUUUUGAAUGUGAUCAGCAAUUUUUUUAAAAACUUCAUAAUAAUUUUAUAUAUGUCUUACACACAUUUAGUGGAACUCUUUUGUAAUUGUACAUAGAUAAAAACACUUAUUCCAGUCAACCACUUUUAUUAUAUAUUUGUUCAUUAAUUAUACUUCAUAUAUUAUAUUUACAAUUGUGUAUUUUGUAUUUUUGUCAUCUUCUGAUUUUUUAAAAAUGUAAUAGUAUUAUAAUUUUGUUCCUUUCAUUUAACAUAUUAACUAUAUAAAAGUUAAACGUAGUCCAAUUUUUAUUAUUCAUAUAAGUCUUCUUGUAUAUUUUUGUGGACUGUGAUAGAGUGUGAGGUCUCCUUUAAAAAAACUUUUCACAUAUUGUUCUACUGAAACAGUUGAUACCAAACCUUUCAUCUGUGCAACAGUCAACUAUUAGAUUUGUCCCCACUGGUAGUUAUUCGAAUGUUUUUUACUUAAUUUAUAUGAAGUUGAAAAUCCCAAGAUACAAAGUUAAAAUGCACUUCUGAAGCCUAUGUAUUAUAGAUGCAAAUAUUGUUAUGGUCCUUUUUUGAUACAAUUUAUAGUUUUUUUAGUGCAUUUAUAAGUAAUUAAGUUUUCAUAUACACUUUUCAAAACAAAAUAAAAGCUCAGUACCAUCUUUAAAAAAAAAUAUGUCAAAGUUCUGUAGUCAUGACAACUGACAGUUGUGUCACCGUGAUUACCGUUGGUUAUCCAUAAGGACAGACUGUUGCUUAUCAUAACAACCAUGUUUGUUAAAUUAGACAAAAUUGUGGGUUCUGGCACAUCCAUGCCAAAAAAAUGUUGACCUGUAUGCUACUUAUCCUCAUUCAAUCAAAAUUUAUAUUCUGCUACAUCACAUUGAUUUCUCAGGUAAUUUUAUCUGGCAACUUCCUGAUCUCAUGUUACUAUUGCAAAGUGGGCAGAUUUCUUUUUUGUUUUUUUUUAAAUUUUUACUUCAGACUUUUUGAAUGAUCAGUUUAAAAAAUUAAAAUAGAAAUGAGAAAAAUAUAUAACGUUAGAAUAAUGUAGACUUGGGCCACUAUUUGAAAUUUAUUUUAGAUAAAGUAAGGUAUUGACUCCAUUAGCAUUAUAGUAUUUAUUGUUGUGUAAAGUAUCAUUAAACUUUCAAUCCAGCCCAGCUGCACAAAAUAUAUUUUGA